AUGCAUGGUUUAAAUUUACGAACAAAAGUACAAAUAUUCAAUCGACUUCUUUAUACAGACUUUAAAACCAUAAAUACUAUUAUUACACAAACAAAAAAACCUUUUAGAAAGUAUUUUCAACCUUCAUAUACUUUUUCACGAAAUAUUUUCGAUAUUUCGUUACCAAAUAAAAAUGAAUUUAUACAAGCUUUACGCAAACAAUCGUUUGAUACUGAACCUGUUAAUACAAUUAAAAGAGAUAAAGCGGAUAAACACAAAAAAGAUACUGAAGCUGCGAAAGCAUUUAAUAAAAUUAAUGAGACAGAAUUUUCACGAUUCGAUAAAUUACAAACACUUGAAUUUUACAAAAAUCUCAAUAAUUCGUACUCUUUAAAACGUUUUUAUUUAAAUUUAAUCACCUGUUUGUUACGUCAAUGUGCAAAUCAUGAUAGAUUGGAUUUAGUUGAUCUUAUAUUUAAACAAUUUGUUAAAGAUAUUGAAAACAAUCCAAAUAAACAUUUGAUAGGAAUAUCUACUAUUAAUGUUUGGAAUAUGUUUGCUUCUAUUUAUUAUGAAAGAGGAUUAUCAGAAGAAGUUGAAAUUAUGUUUAAUUCAAUGUCUAAAUAUACCGUUUCACCUAACGCGAAAACAUUUUCGAUAUUAAUUAAAUCCAUGGCAAAAUCCAAAAAUCCCGAUUAUUGCUUUACAAUUAUAGAAAAGAGCAUUAUGAAAGGUUUAAAACUCAAAUCUGGAACUUUAAAUAUAUUACUUAAUUCAUGUCUAUCUUCACAACAACCUUUUAAUCAACAACAACAAAAAAGUAUCAAUAUCAUUCUUGAUUUAAUGUCUCAUUGGAAUGUAGGUCCUAAUGGAAAAACUUUUGAAAUAUUAUUAAUACAUUGUAGAGAUUUUGAUAAUUUAGAAAAAAUUUGGUCAAAUAUUGUAAAUCUUGGAUUUCAUAAUGAUCAAACUUUACAUAUAGAAAUUAUCAAAACUUGUUUAAGACUGUCAUCAUCAUCUAUUAGAUCAAGAAAAGAAGGAUUAUCAAAAUGUUUUGAUUAUUUGUUACGACUUAAUCGUAUUUCACAAGGUGAACUUGCAAUUGGAGCAUAUAACAUUUUUUUGAAAUCAUGUGCUUAUCAUAAUGAUCUUAUUAGAGGAAUAAGAGUGAUGGAAAUGAUGUGGUCAAAAAAUUUAGAACCUCAAUUUAAAGGUUAUAAUAAUUUACUUAAUACAAUUCGAACAAUUACUUUUCAAAAUAUUUCAUCAUGUAAUUUAGCACAACGAUCGAUGAUCAAUAAUAUAUGUCGAGAAUAUUUAUGGAUAAUAUUGAAUGGAAUGUUUUCAUUUCCAAAAACUAGAACGAUGCCAAGACGAUUAAUAAAUUCCAUAAUUUUAACACUUGGAAGAGUUGGUGAUAUAAGAGGAUUAAUAGAAUUUUAUGAAGCUAGAAUAAAUUUGGAAAAUUUAAAUAAUGAAUUAAAUGUGGUAAAUCAAACUAUUAGUAAUAUAUUUGCAAUGAGAACAGAUCAUAUACCAUUAGAUAUUUCAUUUUUUAAUAUAUUUUUAAAGGAAAUUUCAUCUUCUUCGAAUCAAAUAGCAUCUUUAGAGAUGUUUGAUAGAUUACCAAAUUAUAUUGAACCAAAUAAUGAUACGAUUGAAUAUUUGUUUUUUUCUAUAAAAAAUUCUUUAGAUUUUAAAAAAUUUGGUUCACAAUUUUGUGAAGCUUUAAUUCGACAAAGAACAAAUGUUGAUUCAGAAUUAAUGAAGGGUAUAUUUCAAAGAAUGUAUCAAAGAAUUGUUGGGCAUAAUAGAGAUUUUAUAGGGGAGGUUGAUAUUAAUGAAUUUUAUUGGGUUUAUGUUUCUGGAUACAUAGCACGUGAAAUCAUAAAUGUUUAUAAUGGUCAAGAUUUAAUAGAAUGUUUAAAGACGUUAAAAAUGUUUGAAAUAAAAUCAGAAAGUUCAUAA